AUAUAUUUCGCUGUACCUAUGUGAGUGCUCUAAAGUGUAGAGGUGUACAAUAGGCGUAUAAAGAUGGAAGCCCCUGAACGAGCUGUAUGCUGUGGGUUGUGUUUAUGUAUGGCUGUUGCUGUGCUUAGCUCAGUAUCCCUGGUUUAUCUAACAGCUAUAGUGUACAUGCCUGCUAAACGUGAGCUUGAAUCUGGACUGCUGGAUCAGCCGGCAAUGUGUACAACUGUAAAUAGCCUUCAUACAGAUCACUGUGCCUGGGCAUCAUGUUUUGAAUGGUGCCUCUCCAAACCAAAUUUUUGUACGCAAGUCCACGCAGAAGUCAGGAAGAACGGAACUAAUAUUGUAUGGAAAGAUUGUUCCCUAAUAUCGGAUACAGUGUGCCCUGUAUCUGAUGAGGAUUUAGUUGAAAGAAUAACCUGCAAUAACGAGGAUGAGUGUGAACCAGUGAAUAAGAGGUAA